GGGAGGAGCCGCUCCGGUCCGGAGGAGGGCUCGAACACGAAACUUGAACUUUGUCUCCAGUCGGACAGAGACACUUUGUUUUCUGCGCCUCGGGCUCCGGCUGCACCAUGUCUCUGUGGUGGACGGUUCCAGCCGGUCUGGUUGUGGUUCUGGUGUCCGUCCUGUCAGUUCUGCUGCCGCAGUUCUUCCCGUAUUUUGGCGCAGACUGCGCGUACACGCUCAGGACUCUGCGGCUUGGCCUCCGGCUCGCCAAGUACAAGAAGGUACGGCCGUUCUACAGCAUCCUGGACCGCUUCUUGGACGUCGUUAGGGCGCAACCCGGGAAGGUUUUCGUGCACUUUGAAGGCGAGCAGUACUCGUACGGGGAGGCGGACAGGCAGAGUAAUAAAGUGGCCCGAGCCCUGCGGGCUGAGGUCCGGCUGCAGGAGGGCGACACCGUGGCCCUGUUUCUGCCCAACCAGCCCCUGUUCAUCUGGGUUUGGCUCGGUUUGGCUAAGUUGGGCUGUCCGGCUGCUCUGCUCAACUUUAACAUCAGGUCCAAGUCUCUGCAGCACUGUUUCUCCUGCUGCGGGGCCAAACUCCUCCUCACGGCUCCAGAGCUGCUGGAUAUUGUGGAGGAGGUUUUACCAACACUCAGAGAGCAGGGCAUCAGGGUUUACAUCCUGUCAGACACCUGCCACGUGCAGGGCAUCAAACCUUUGUCUGAUGAGAUCUCCAGAGCGUCAGAGCAGCCGCUGCCUCGAGACCUGAGGGCCAACAUUGGCAUCAAGACCACAGCCCUCUACAUCUACACCUCAGGAACUACAGGUUUGCCUAAAGCUGCCGUGAUCACACAUGAGAGGGUUUGGGCCGGUGCCUUCAUCCAGGCAGUGUGUGGAAUCACAGCUGAGGACGUCCUCUACAUCAACCUGCCUCUUUAUCACAGCGCCGGCUUCCUCAUAGGGCUGAGCGGUGCCAUUGACAGAGGUAUAACUGUUGUUCUGAGGAGAAAGUUCUCCGCUUCUCACUUCUGGGACGAGUGCAGGAAGUACAGUGUGACAGUGAUGCAGUACAUCGGCGAAACGCUGCGCUACCUGUGCAACACACCCAAGAAAGACAGCGACAGGCACCACAGAGUGAGACUCGCCAUUGGCAACGGUGUUCGGACAGACAUUUGGACAGAGUUUCUCAAUCGCUUUGGUGACAUCAAAGUCAGAGAAUUGUACGCUGCCACUGAGGGUAACAUUGGCUUCAUUAACUACACUUCCAAGAUCGGCGCAGUCGGCCGCAUCAAUUUCUUGCACAGGCUGUUUCUUCCUUACAAGCUGAUCAAGUUUGACAUUGAGAAAGGGGAACCUGUGAGGAACUCUGAGGGUCUGUGCAUCCAGGUCGCUAAAGCUGAGACGGGACUGUUGGUGGGAAAGAUUACAAAGAGAUCUCCUUUCAUCGGUUACGCUGGCAACCAGCAACAGACCGAGAAGAAGAGGCUACGUGAUGUCAUGGAAAAAGGGGACCUGUACUUCAACACUGGCGAUCUGCUUCGGAUUGACCAUGAUAACUUUGUGUACUUCCAGGAUCGAGUUGGUGACACUUUCAGAUGGAAAGGAGAGAAUGUGGCCACGUCAGAGGUUGCAGAUAUUCUCACAAUGGUUCACUGCAUUUUGGAGGCGAAUGUCUACGGUGUUAAAAUUGAAGGUCAUGAAGGACGGAUUGGCAUGGCAGCUGUCACUUUGAGAGAAGGGGAAGAUUUCGACUGUUUAGACACCUACAAGCAAGUCAUCAACUACCUCCCGAAUUAUGCAAGACCGUAUUUCAUCAGGGUUCAGCCAAACCUGGAGAUGACUGGGACCUUCAAGAUGAAGAAAGUGAAGCUGGUUGAGGAAGGAUUCAAUCCAGCUCUCAUCAAAGAUCCUUUAUACUUCUUACAUCCUGAGAAAAAGACGUACGUCCGCCUCAGCCAGGAGCUGUGCAAAGAAAUAACUUCUCACCAAAUCAAAUUCUAACACACAGCAUGUUUGUAACUUUUUUAUAUAUACAAAAGGUGUGUAAUAUUUAACUCAAACUUAUCAAUCAACCAAUCUCAGGGACAAACAUGUCACCACAUUUGAAGAAGUGUUUUUCUAAAUAAUUAUAGAUUUUGUAAAUUUAUAAUGCUGACAAGGUGUCAUUAUUCUUUAUGUUUAGUAUUUAAAUUUUGCUGCCUUUUGCCUCGACUUUACUAAGUGCACUCGUCUGGGUAAACUGGAGCAUUUCAUAAAAUUGUGUGAAGCUUUUCUGUUUUUAAAGGAAGAUGCAGAAAGUGUCCUUCUGCUGCACAAACACUGAAUGAAUGAAGUAUUUCAGUCAGACAUAAAAAAUGAAUAAAGGUUUGAGCCUCACUGCUGCCACAUGUCAUACGGUUUAUCAGCAAACUUUGGCACAGAUACAAAGUGCAGCAAAUCUGACCAAUCUGUGCACUAAAGGCACAUUCCGUCUAACGUACACACUCAUCAAACAGGCUGGGUGAGUAAACGUCUGGUUGUGUUUUGAUGGACAGAUCCAACACGUUUCAGCAAGUCGAGGAUUUUACGAUCACUUAAUACGUGAAAUCAAAUUCAAGAUAUCCAGACAUAACUCAAAACUAGAACCAUCAGAGAGCAAACUUUUUCAAAGUAUCAACAGUCUUAUUAAAAAGAAGAAGAAAAAAAAGAGCCUUUUUUUUAAUGUCAUCAUUUGGAAACCACUUUGAAUCAAGAUUAUUUACAGUGACGUCUAUCAGCGAUCAAUCAGGUGGACAACUCAGCUGUGCAACAAAGUGCUCUCCAAUUUUAAAGCUUUUGGGGGGGUUGAUACAGGAUUUUCUGCACAAAACUCAUCUUCAAAUGCUGAUAUCAAGAGAAUUUGACCCAAACCUGCAUCACAGAGCCCACCCUCAAACGUGCAAGUUCUAAUACCCAAUUUGAUCACAAUCCAUGAAGACCCUGUGGUGUUCUCACAUAUGCUAGGUUUCAGCGACUCUACCCCCAGGUGGCCAAAAUUAUAAUCAAAACACACCUAACUUUGAACUUGUCCAAGGUCUUGAGGUGACCUUGUGUGCUAAGUUACACCUUGGUAUACAAAAUCUUUGUCACAUAUCGUUUAUGCACAAGAUCUCAAAGACUGUACUCCCGUGGCUGAAAUUACAAUCAAAACACUCCAAAUGCCCAACUUGUGCAAGUUCAUAGUGACUUAAACUUGUGCGCCGAGUUUCACCUUGAUACACAAAUUGGAUUUUACAGUUGUCCCACAGAUGCACAAGUCCAGCAGUUCCUGGAGCACAAACCAAUUCAAAUCUGGUGAACGUUGUACCAAAUAAACAAUAAAAGCAACUUUGUUAAUGCCUUUGUAUUAUGGCAGAGUGUUUGCCUCCUGCUGCAUGGACAGUGGAUGUUGGAUUGAUGAUAAAUUAGGAGCAGGUGUGGUUGUCAAUGACAGACCAUUUUCACUGAAAGGUACUUAAGAAAUGUGAACCGUUUUUCUGAUUAACAUCGACAACUCCGUGGAAAGGAUUUUGUAUGGAUGUAGCCAAAGCUGACAUUCUGUCACAUGCAGCUUGAUUAUUAUUAUUAUUUUAAAUAAUAGUCCAUAGUGGUGGCCACCGCGGCUCAUCUUGCUAACAGACAAACAUGGGCUCCAUUUUGGAGGUGAUUAGAAAAGGGGUACUGUUGUAUUCAGUUCACAAUGAGUGUGUGCUCCUGCUGACGAGUUUCAAUGACACUGCAAUGAGGAACAAAAGUAAUUCCUCUUUCACUUUAACUAAAGUGGUUUGUCACAAUGUGCUGAGCGACAGCAGAUUUUAAUCACAUGACCAUUAUUAACAAGUUAUUACAAAUAAAACAUUAGAUUAUUAACAAAUAAAACUUGGUAACAGGCAUCCUAAAUGCAGCACACAGUAGCUGGCAAAUAAUUACAGUAUGAUCAGCAGAUUGCUAAAUUUACAGAAUUACAUGGGUGGGUGUGUGUGUGUGGGGGGAACUAAGGAAGAAUGAAUUAGUUUCAUGUCCUUACAAGACCACCUGACUCAAAAUGCUCAAAUCCACAGAGCAGUUAUUUCAAAAAUGAAUUUAUUUAUUAAUACAGCUGUAUAUUUAGAAAUAUGCUGCAAAGAAACAAACAAAAAAGACAGAACUGAAAAAUAAAUAAAUAAUAACAAUAAAGAAAACAGUCAGCCACACCGGAAAAUAAAGUAGUGUUGGGAUGAAGCUGUUAUAUCA